UGUGGGAGGUUAAAUCGCCGAGGGCAGCCCCCGUAUUUGAGUCUGCACCCCCAGCACUCUCUCGCUCGCUCUCGCUCUCGCGCUCUCUCUAUAUCUCUGCGUGUCUCCCCUCUCUCUUCCUCUCUCUCACUGGCUUUGGCCCCUUGUUCUUAAACAGAACAGCACCUCACCGCUGUCUUCCCGCUGCCCGCUCCCUGAGUCAAGUUUGCUCCGUGCCUUCUCCAGCCUUUUUUUUUUUUUGUUGUUGCUUUUUCUUCUCUCGCAACUUACCGCAACCCACCAGCCACCAUGGAGGCCAUCAAGAAGAAGAUGCAGAUGCUGAAGCUGGACAAGGAGAAUGCCAUCGACCGCGCUGAGCAAGCCGAGUCCGACAAGAAGGCAGCCGAGGACAAGUGCAAACAGCUGGAGGAAGAGCUGAUUGGCCUGCAGAAGAAGCUGAAAGGAACUGAGGAUGAGCUGGACAAGUACUCCGAGGCCCUGAAAGACGCCCAGGAGAAACUGGAGCUGUCUGAGAAGAAGGCCACGGACGCAGAGGGAGAUGUGGCAGCUCUGAACCGCAGGAUCCAGCUGGUGGAGGAGGAGCUGGACCGCGCCCAGGAGAGGCUGGCCACCGCGCUGCAGAAGCUGGAGGAGGCCGAGAAGGCAGCCGACGAGAGCGAGAGAGGGAUGAAGGUGAUCGAGAACCGGGCGAUGAAGGAUGAGGAGAAGAUGGAGAUCCAGGAGAUGCAGCUGAAGGAGGCCAAGCACAUUGCGGAGGAGGCCGACCGCAAAUAUGAGGAGGUGGCGCGUAAGCUGGUGAUUCUGGAAGGAGAGCUGGAGAGGGCCGAGGAGAGAGCGGAGGUCUCAGAGCUGAAAUGCAGUGAUCUGGAAGAAGAGCUGAAAAAUGUCACCAACAACCUUAAGUCCCUAGAAGCCCAGUCCGAGAAGUACUCUGAAAAAGAGGACAAAUACGAGGAGGAGAUCAAGGUCCUCUCUGACAAGCUGAAAGAGGCCGAGACUCGUGCAGAGUUUGCCGAGAGGACGGUGGCCAAACUGGAAAAGACCAUCGAUGACCUGGAAGAAAAAUUAUCCAGCGCCAAAGAUGAGAACUUAGGAAUGCAUCAAGUCCUGGACCAGACACUGCAGGAGCUCAACAGCUUAUAAAGAUGAGGAUGAAGAGGAGGAGACGGAGAGGAAAGAAAAAUGGCGACAUUCCAUGGAUAUUCACUUCCAUUCCAGUUUUCCACUGAUUAAAUUCUUUUCCCAGAUUCAGUCCAUCUGCAUUGCAUGCUGUCUCUAACUUUGAGCGAGGAAUAUAAGAGCGCAUUAGUGUUUAUUUUUUUGUGAAUUGUGUCAACAGUUCACACACAAUUUUUGUUUAUUCCAUCAAGGUCCACUGUUACAAUGCCGCCUAAUUGUGGAAGGGUUAACUCACUUAAAUUCCUCACUCAGAUUAAAAGAGAAAACACAUUGCGAUUAGAUUGAAUCGGGGUACUUUUCCCACAAAAUAGAGGGCACACAUUUUAAAGCAGUAUCUGCAAUGUUUGUUUUACCCCAAAGAUGCCACUGUCUUGCUGUUAUCUGUGUCCACUGAAAUACUGAAGUCAUUCCUAGUCCCGACUGCCCCCAUCCUCACAGUCGUAUUUCCUGCUGUGGUAGCUGUUACCUCCAAAUGAGGAAGGCAGAGAAUCCCUCUUUAUUCGAUAAGCAUUCCGAACCUCUUUCCAUUUUGCAUGAUCAAAAGCAUGCUGGAACUUAAGCAUACCUCAUAUCAGAGGAUUCCUUUUCUGAUAUCAUUGAAUCUAAUGUAGUAGCAUUGCCUUUGUGCAUGGAGUGCUAAAUGGCUGUAAAACAAACAGGUUGCAUUAAUAAAAAAAAAAAAAACCCACCUCCUUGUUCUGCAUUAAAAUGAUGUAAUGGAACCUAGUCUCUUUGUUCUGAUUGCAGUUAUUUAAUGUGAAGUGCACAAAGGCAGCGCAACCACAUCAGAUGCAAUUAAGUAAGAAACUAUCAGCAGCUGGUGGGCAAUGUGAGCUGUAAACCACUUUGCUUGUUAAUCAUGCUAAACUAGAUCCAGGGCCACUCCCAGUUUAAAGGUUCUCUGCUUCCCGCAGUUCACUGGCCACUACUGCUUUACAACACGGUAUUUUUCUGGAGAAUAAAUACCACCACUUACAAGGGUCCAUAAACCUCUGCUUUUUGGGCCAGGGGUGGGGAUGACCAUUAAAAAGCAGGGUGAAGAGACUCAUUACAGCCACUGCUUUAGGAGGGGAAUUUAAAGUCUGCGGAUUCAUGCAGAAAAGGUGGCGAUUUUGUUUAGAGCCUCCAAUAGCAGAAUGCAGAAGAAUCAGCCCCCUUUUAGCAGUAGCGGUGAUGUGCGAUCUCUCAUUCCUGUCAGGUCGUUCAGUCCUGCUCAUUUGCCAUAAAUGUGGAGGUCAUCCUGAGUCACAUUCCGGGGGGGGUGGGGGCAGGGCGGGGCAAUACGAGACCAAAGCCAGAUCACUGGAAACCAUGUCCUGCCGAAAACGAAAGAGUGGACGUCAGCUGUAUAUAGUCGAUUGAUGUUAGUCGUUCGGGAAUCUACGAACCUUCUCUCCAGCACAACAUCUUCUCCUUCUUGCUGGCACACCAAAAACCCCAAAGCGCCAGAUUUCUGAAAUGCCCAAUUCAUUGUUGCACCAAAAAAUGCUCUGCUUCUACACAAGUAGUCUGUUUUUGUUUUUGUUUUGUGUUGUAUCAGGGUGAGGCUGGCUUUGUUUCUGAGCCAUGGACCAGUGCCUCACUAAAUCUUUAUUCAAGUUUUCCACUUUUCCUGCUUUCAAUCUAAUAAAUUUUUACAAAACCCA